AGGGUCUUCAAAACUGUCAGUUUAAACUCAAAUCUAACCUGAAGGAGAGGUUCCAGUGUGUGUUUGAGGGGGUUGCUAAAGCAGGAAACCCAACGCUUCUGAAUCAGAUCCACACAGAGCUCUACAUCACAGAGGGAGAGACUGCAGAGAUCAAUGAUGAACAUGAGGCCAGAAUGAUUGAAACUGUGUUCAAGAAACCUGCCAGACCAGAAACAACAAUCAGGCAAGAAGACAUCUUUAAAGCAUCACCUGGAAGACAUGAACCAAUCAGAACAGUGCUGACAAAGGGAGUGACUGGUAUUGGGAAAACAAUCUUAAUACAAAAGUUCACUCUGGACUGGGCUGAAGACAAAGUCAACCAGGACAUCCAGUUCAUAUUUCCAUUCACUUUCAGAGAGCUGAAUGUGCUGAAGGAGGAAAAGUUCAGCUUGGUGGAACUUGUUCAUCACUUCUUUACUGAAACCAAAAAAGCAGGAAUUUGCAGCUUUGAAGACUUCCAAGUUGUGUUCAUCUUUGAUGGUCUAGAUGAGUCUCGAAUUCCUCUGGACUUCCACAAAACUACAAUCCUAACUGACCCUAGAAAGUCCACCUCAGUGAAUGUGCUGCUGACAAACCUCAUCAGGGGGUACCUGCUUCCCUCUGCUCGCAUCUGGAUAACCACACGACCUGCAGCAGCCAAUCAGAUCCCUCCACAAUGUGUUAAUAUGGUGACAGAGAUUAGAGGGUACACUGAUCCACAGAUGGAGGAGUACUUUAGGAAGAGAUCCAGAGAUGAGGAGCAGGCCAGCAGGAUCAUCUCCCACAUCAAGACAUCACGAAGCCUCCACAUCAUGUGCCACAUCCCAGUCUUCUGCUGGAUCACUGCUACAGUUCUGGAGGAUGUGCUGCAAACCAGAGAGAAAGGAACACUGCCCAAGACCCUGACUGAGAUGUACAUCCACUUCCUGGUGGUUCAGGCCAAAAUAAGGAAGGUCAAGUAUGAUGGAGGAGCUGAGACAGAUCCACACUGGACUCCAGAGAGCAGGAGGACGGUUGAGUCUUUGGGAAAACUGGCUUUUGAUCAGCUGCAGAAAGGAAACCUGAUCUUCUAUGAAUCAGACCUGACAGAGUGUGGCAUCGAUAUCAGAGCAGCCUCAGUGUACUCAGGAGUGUUCACACAGAUCUUUAAAGAAGAGAGAGGACUGUACCAGGACAAGGUGUUCUGCUUCAUCCAUCUGAGUGUUCAGGAGUUUCUGGCUGCUCUUCAUGUCCACAUGACCUUCAUCAACUCUGCAGUCAAUCUGCUGGAAGAACAACAGACAUCGUCCUGGUGGUCAAAAUUUUUUAAUGCACCAAAACUACAGUAUGUCCACCAGAGUGCUGUGGACAAGGCUUUACAGAGUCCAAAUGGACACCUGGACUUGUUCCUGCGCUUCCUCCUGGGUCUUUCAAUGCAGCCCAAUCAGAUUCUCCUACGAAAUUUUUUGCCAGACACACUAAGUAGCUCACAGACUAUUCAGGAAACAGUCCAGUACAUUAAGAAGAAACUCAGUAUGAAUCUGUCUGCAGAGAAAAGCAUCAAUCUGUUCCACUGUCUGAAUGAACUGAAUGAUCGUUCUCUAGUAGAGGAGAUCCAACAGUCACUGACUUCAGGAAGUUUCUCCACAGAUGAGCUGUCUCCUGCUCAGUGGUCAGCUCUGGUCUUCAUCUUACUCUCAUCAGAAAAAGAUCUGGAUGUAUUUGACCUGAAGAAAUACUCAGCUUCAGAGGAGGCUCUUCGGAGGCUACUGCCAGUGGUCAAAGCCUCCAACAAAGCUGUGUAA